CCGGCGCGCGCUGUUUCCGGAAGUCGCCGCCGCGGUCUCCGCCGCUUCUGUCUUCGCUGCUGCUGCGGUCCCAGCGGAACUUUUCGUGUAGAACGGCCGAGGCGGGCCCAGGCGGGGCCGGAGUUCCGGCCACUCUGCAGAAUGGAGAUAAUCAGGAGCAAUUUUAAGAGUAAUCUUCAAAAAGUGUACCAGGCCAUAGAGGAGGCCGACUUCUUCGCCAUCGAUGGGGAGUUUUCAGGAAUCAGUGAUGGACCUUCAGUCACUGCAUUAACAAAUGGUUUUGACACUCCAGAAGAAAGGUAUCAGAAGCUUAAAAAACAUUCCAUGGACUUUUUGCUGUUUCAGUUUGGCCUUUGCACUUUUAAGUAUGACUACACAGAUUCAAAGUAUAUAACGAAGUCAUUUAACUUCUAUGUUUUCCCGAAACCCUUCAAUAGAUCCUCGCCAGAUGUCAAGUUUGUUUGUCAGAGCUCAAGCAUUGACUUUCUAGCAAGCCAAGGAUUUGAUUUUAAUAAAGUUUUUCGCAAUGGAAUUCCCUAUUUAAAUCAGGAAGAAGAAAGACAGUUAAGGGAGCAGUAUGAUGAAAAACGCCUACAGUCCAAUGGUGCAGGAACUCUGUCUUACAUAUCUCCCAGCGCGUCAAAAUGUCCUGUGACGAUUCCUGAGGAUCAGAAGAAGUUUAUUGACCAAGUGGUAGAGAAAAUUGAAGAUUUAUUACAAAGUGAAGAAAACAAGAACUUGGAUUUAGAGCCAUGUACUGGGUUCCAAAGAAAACUAAUUUAUCAGACUUUGAGCUGGAAGUAUCCCAAAGGCAUUCACGUUGAGACUUUAGAAACUGAAAAGAAGGAGCGAUACAUCGUCAUCAGCAAAGUAGAUGAAGAGGAGCGUAAAAGGAGGGAGCAGCAGAAACACGCUAAAGAACAGGAAGAAUUGAAUGACGCUGUGGGAUUUUCUAGAGUUAUUCAUGCCAUUGCCAAUUCGGGAAAACUCGUCAUUGGACACAAUAUGCUCUUGGAUGUCAUGCACACGGUUCAUCAAUUCUACUGCCCUCUGCCUGCGGACUUAAAUGAGUUUAAGGAGAUGACAACAUGUGUUUUCCCCAGACUCUUGGAUACAAAAUUGAUGGCCAGCACACAGCCUUUUAAGGAUAUCAUUAACAACACAUCUCUUGCAGAACUGGAAAAGCGGUUAAAAGAGACACCUUUCAACCCUCCUAAAGUUGAAAGUGCAGAAGGUUUUCCAAGUUACGACACAGCUACUGAGCAACUCCACGAGGCAGGCUAUGACGCUUAUAUCACAGGGCUGUGCUUCCUCUCCAUGGCGAACUACCUAGGUUCUUUUCUUAGCCCUCCAAAAAUUCACGUGUCUGCCAGAUCAAAACUCAUUGAACCUUUUUUUAACAAGUUAUUUCUUAUGAGAGUCAUGGAUAUCCCCUAUCUCAACUUGGAAGGACCAGACUUGCAACCAAAACGUGAUCAUGUUCUCCAUGUGACAUUCCCCAAAGAAUGGAAAACCAGCGACCUUUACCAGCUUUUUAGUGCCUUUGGUAACAUUCAGAUAUCCUGGAUUGAUGACACAUCAGCGUUUGUCUCUCUCAGCCAGCCCGAACAAGUACAGAUUGCCGUCAAUACCAGCAAAUAUGCGGAAAGCUAUCGGAUCCAAACCUAUGCUGACUAUGUGGGAAAAAAACAUGAGGAGAAGCAGAUCAAGAGAAAGUGGACAGAAGAUAGUUGGAAGGAGGUUGAGAGAAAGCGGUUAAACACUCAGUGCAUAUCCUAUGCUCUGCAGAAUCACUAUCACCACGCCAAUAGUCUUACCUCGACCAGCGCGGUAGGAAAGAGAAAUCUGAGCCCCAGCCCAGCAGAAGCUGACUUGGAGACCAGAAUAUCAGGGGAGAUUUCUGACACUGAGCUGGAGCAGACAGAGUCCUGUGCAGAGUCCCUCUCCGAGGGAAGGAAAAAGGCCAAGAAAUUAAAAAGGAUGAAGAAGGAGCUUUCGCCAGCAGAGAGAGACAGAGCAUGAACAGGGGAGAGUCAGAGAGAGGGAGACACAGAAUCUGAAACAGGCUCCAGGCUCUGAGCUGUCAGCACAGAGCCCGACGAGGGGCUCGAACUCACGGACCGUGACAUCAUGACCUGAGCCGAAGUCAGCCGCUCAACCAACUGAGCCACCCAGGCGCCCCUGAAUAAGCUAUUUUAAGAGAGAGACCAUGUCACAGAACUUUCAUCAUAGUACAUUGUUCUAACUGUUCUCAUUUGCUAUUAGCCAUUGUCGAUCUCUUCCCGUGCCUCAUUUAUAAAUUAAACUUUAUCCCGCAUGUGUAUGUGCAGGAAAUCACGUGGUACCUAGAGAGGUUUCAGGCUUCCUCUGGGGGGUUUGGAAUGUGUCCCCUGCAGAUGAGGGGGGCUGCUGUAGUUUUCCAUGGGACCAGCUGCUUUUAGGAUCCAUUUAAUUUAAUUUGAGGAAUCCCUAAAAAGCCCUGUCUCUUGAUAGAGGAAGGCUUGGCAGGGGCCUUCUUAGUUAAAGAUGGUUAGUCCAUUUUGGUAAUCCUCUCUCUCUCCUCCAUGGUUUAGAGGUUUUGCUGAUGUGUGUAAGUAGCCUCGGUAUUUUAAAUGUGCAUUUCAAUUUGCACGGAGGCCUACUCCUACACAUGUUAUUUUCAGCGGCAGAAUUUUCACCGUUCCCAGCAAAACGCCAGGCAGCCUAGAUUUCUCUCAUAAGCAGAAUUACAUAAGGAGCAGAGGAAACCGGAGGCCAACCCAUGUUGAGAGUCUAGUAUGUGCUAGGUGCUGUGGCAGGAGCACCAGGCCUGCCCGAAGCCGAAUCCCACAUUCUCUCCACCACCCGGAUGCUGUGGGGGUGGUUUUCGUGACCUAACCCAGCCUUCCGUGCACAGACCCUCUACGGCGCCGGACCGUGACGUGAGGGACGGGCUUGCUGUCCGCGGGGCCAGUUCCCUGCCCGGGAGAUCCAGCCAUCACCUACCGGGUCCACCAGCUGUCACAGGGACGACAGUUACGGCCCCUGCUGACCCCUGCUUGCUAAGGGUCCGGCCUGGCAUCUCAUGCCCGGCAGAAGUGCUUGGCUCUAGUGUUCUGAGGUAGUCACCAUGGUCCAUUUUACAGUUCAGAGAAUAGAGGACUUAAAGUUUAACGUGACUUGCCCAAGGUCACGGAGCCCAUAAGUCUGCCCUGCAGGAAAGCCAGGGCUUACAAGCACAGUUGCAUAUUUUCUGCUCCGGAUGGGAGGGCGGGAGGGCCGCUGACCGAGCCCCCGUGGUUCCUCCUCUGUCUCGGAUCACCGCGGUCUCUGGGCAGCAGAACCUACAGUCAAAUCAAAGGAAAGUGGUAAAGCCCUGGAACUUGGUUCAUACACAAGCUAAAGAGUUCAUCGUGUUUCAGAUCAGUUCCUUCUUUUACAUGUGGCCUGAUCUGACCACAGAGAGUUUUCUGAAUCUCCUUGAUAAUAAUGAAAUCAAAGAAGCAGCAGAAAUGUUGCAUAUGUUUUUAUACAUUAUGCUGAGGUUUAACUUCAACUAAAAACUGAACUCCUGUUUGAAGCCCAGAUUGUUUAUUCUUUUAAAUGUUUUUUAACAUUUAUUUUUUGAGAGACAGGGCGUGAGCGGGGCAGGGGCAGAGAGAGAGGGAGUCGCAGAUUCCAAAGCAGGCUCCAGGCUCUGAGCUGUCAGCAUGGAGCCGGACGCAGGGCUCGAACUCAUGACCUGAGCCAGAGUCAGGUGCCCAACCGACUGAGUCACCCAGGUGCCCCAUCAGAUUGUUUAUUUUAGCUGCCUCCUUGAAUCCCGGGUUCUCCUUGACUUGCCACCCUUCCCUUCCCUAAAUUGAGUUUUGGAGAAGUUUUUAAUCUGUACCAUACUUCGUCUUCGCCUGUGAUACCUUCUUACCACUGGUACAUUGUCCUUGCUCGGCGAAUGUUCAUAUUAAAUGUUGGCAUGACUUUCAGAGAUCACGAGCAGCAUGCCGCGGGGCAGGGUCCCCUCUUGUAUUCUUUUCCUUCUGACCUCAUUCUCUUCUGAAUUUUCAGCUUAUCUGUUACUUCUCAGGGACAGGAUGACAGGUGGUCUCCCCCCCUUCUGUCUCAGCAUAAUCUUAAAGGUAUUAACAUUAGAAUACCUAACAAUAGACCACAUGAAUAGAUUAGCUCCUUUUUAUAACUUUAAUCUUGCGAAGUGAAAACUUUCUACAAGCUAUUUGGGGUCUCGAAUGUGUAAUGCCAUCAUUAAAAUAGGUUUUUAUUCUCCUCCCAUUGACGGUAAAUCUGUCACGGCCUCAAAAUUGGGGCUAAAAAAGAAAAAAAAAUGAUAAAUUUUGUAUUUCUUCACCAGUCCCACUAAAAGAGAAAAACAUCUUGACAGCUUUUAAUUGAACCAGAGACCUGGAGAUAAUUGGGCUUUCUGGAGCAGCAUUCACCGAGUGAGACCUUCCAGCAGCACAAAGCUGGGAGUUUAACGGGUCAUUCUUAGCUGCUUUGUGGUAAGCAUUUAGUGCUAAUGUUGUCAGCAGGAUGUGGGUUGGGAUAUCAGGCUCUGAACCUGUGGAGUCAAUGACUUCGGUGACUUUCACGAGGUCCUGUAUCGAGGGAGAAUACAAAAGUCUGACCCCACAAAGGCUCCGUGUUAAGCUCUGAAGGGUUCAGAGGAUUCCAGGAGCUGUGAAGGUUGGGGGGUGUGCGGCUACCGGGUCGGACACUUCGGUGCAGCCUGGGGAGGUCUGUCUUGUCCAGGCAGCUCCCAGCUCGCCUCCUGGCGAGAGUGUCUUGACAGGACCUCAGGUGAUUCACGAAGGUGUGUUGGGUGCCCAGCACUGUCAGCAAAGGCACAAAAAGUGUAAAAGAAAGCGUUUCAUCUGUUAGGGAGCUUGCUGUUUUCCAAGGAGGAAGUUGCAAAAAGUAGGACCGUAGAAUAUUGUCUAUAGUAGCAGUCCUGGGGCAAUUGGUGCUCAGUGAAUCCCACACAAAAUUGUCUUCUGUGUCAGUUAUACAUUUUAAUAUCUAAGAUACACAGGAGUUCACUAGACCCCUUUCCAGCUAAUAAAAUGACUUAAAUUGCAAAAGGAAUGACUGUUAAUUUAUCACGUACCAAGCAUUGUGCCAGGAGCAUCCUUUACUGUCUGUCCGUGUAAGAAGCUUGUAAAGUAUAGGUGUCAUUAUUUCCAAUUUCUAGAGAGGAAACAGGCUCAAAGAAUUAGAAACUUGCAAAGCAAAAUAUAGCUGGUAUUGGGGGCCGUGGGGAGGGCUCACACAUUGGACCACUCUGCAGUAUGUGAAAUCUACCCAAACUUUUUAGUUAUUUUGAGAGAGAGAGAGAGAAAGAGAGAGAGAGAGAGAAUGAGCAUGAGCAGGGGGAAGGGCAGAGAAAGAGAAUCCCAAGCAGGCUCCACGCUGUCAGUGC